CUCCUGAGCUGCCGCACCCGCCAGGGCCAUGGUCAACUCGCGUGCCCCCGGCCAGCUCUCGCGCAAGGUGCGCAUCACCGUCGUCGCCGCCGACGGCCUCAGCAAGCGCGAUGUGUUCCGCCUGCCCGACCCCUUUGCCAUCGUCACCGUCGACGGCGAGCAGACGCACACCACCUCAGUGAUCAAGAAGACGCUCAACCCGUACUGGAACGACUCGUUUGACGUCACCGUCAAGGACGGCUCGGUGCUCGCCGUGCAGAUCUUCGACCAGAAGAAGUUCAAGAAGCGCGACCAGGGCUUCCUCGGCGUGAUCAAUGUGCCGGUUGCGCAGGUCAUCGACCUCGAGCUCGGCGGCAAGGUUCUGCUCACGCGCGACCUGAAGAAGUCGAACGACAACCUCGUCGUGCACGGCAAGCUCAUCAUCGACAUCAACACCAACGUCGCCUCGCCGAUUGCCAACAACUCGAACGCAGGCGCCGCACCGAACCUGCUCGUGCCCGGCACGAAUGCAUCCUCCACCUCGCUGGCCUCGUCGGCGCAGCAGUCGGGCGCGUCUGCUGCGCCCAGCACCGCGCCCUCGGCAGCGCCGAGCACGGGCGAUGCCGCUGCGGCGCGCCCCGUCGUGGCCGACGCGGGCCCUGCAGCGACCGCCGCAGCGGGUGCCAGCGCUGCUAGCUCGCGUAGCCCGUCCUCGUCGGGCGCGCCGCAGGGCAGUGCGUCGGCUGCGCCGCCGCGUGCCACAGGCGCCGAGGCACGGUCAGACGAGUCUGGCGCGGCGCUGCCGCAGGGCUGGGAGCGCCGGACAGACCACCUGGGCCGCACGUACUACGUCGACCACAACACGCGCUCCACGACGUGGACGCGGCCGAGCGCCAGCUCCAACGUGAAUCAGGCGGCGGCGGCCAGCACGGCGGCGGGCGACCGCAUGCGCCACUCGAACCGCGCGCUGGCCGACGAGAUGCUCGGCGUCGGCUCCGAGGGCGACCAGCCAGGCGCCACGACGCCGAUCAGCCGCCCGGGCAGCGUGGCGCCUGGUGCUGCGUCGAGCAGCACUGCCGGCGCCGCCGCGGCCGCGCCUGGCGCCGCUGCGGCCAACGCCAGCCUGCCGGCCAGCUCGUCGACGACGGCCGGCACGGGCCCGCUGCCGUCGGGCUGGGAGCAGCGCAACACGCCCGAGGGCCGUCCGUAUUUUGUCGACCACAACACGCGCACGACGACGUGGGUGGACCCGCGGCGCCAGCAGAUUUUGCGCAUCAUGGGCCCCAACGGCAACAACAUGACGGUGCAGCCGCAGUCGGUGACGCAGCUUGGGCCCUUGCCGAGCGGCUGGGAGAUGCGCCUCACGUCGACGGCGCGCGUGUACUUUGUCGACCACAACACCAAGACGACGACGUGGGACGACCCGCGGCUGCCGUCGAGUCUGGACCAGAACGUGCCGCAGUACAAGCGCGACUUCCGGCGCAAGCUCAUCUACUUCCGCUCCCAGCCGGCGCUGCGCCCGAUUCCGGGCCAGUGCCACGUCAAGGUGCGCCGCACGCACAUCUUUGAGGACUCGUACGCCGAGAUUAUGCGGCAGCAGCCCAACGACCUCAAGAAGCGCCUGAUGAUCAAGUUUGACGGCGAGGAGGGCCUCGACUACGGCGGCCUCUCGCGCGAGUUCUUCUUCCUGCUCUCGCACGAGAUGUUCAACCCGUUCUACUGUCUCUUCGAGUACUCGGCGCACGACAACUACACGCUGCAGAUCAACCCGCACUCGGGCAUCAACCCGGAGCACCUCAACUACUUCAAGUUCAUCGGCCGCUGCCUCGGCCUCGCCAUCUUCCACCGCCGCUUCCUCGACGCCUACUUCAUCGUGAGCUUCUACAAGAUGAUUCUCAAGAAGAAGAUUACGCUCGCCGACCUCGAGAGCGUCGAUGCCGACUACUACCGCUCGCUGCAGUGGAUGCUCGACAAUCCGAUCGAGGAUGUCGUCGAGGAGACAUUCACGGCCGUCGAGGACAAGUUCGGCGAGAUGGUCACCGUCGAGCUGCGUCCCGGCGGCGAGGCCGUCGACGUGACGGACGAGAACAAGCAGGAGUACGUCGACCUGAUGACGGAGUGGCGCAUCAACAAGCGCGUCGAGGAGCAGUUCAAGGCCUUCAUGAGCGGCUUCACCGAGCUGAUCCCGCAAGACCUGAUCAACGUGUUCGACGAGCGCGAGCUCGAGCUGCUCAUUGGCGGCAUGAGCGAGAUCGACAUCGACGACUGGAAGCGCUUCACCGACUACCGCGGCUUUACGGAGAAGGACGAGGUGGUGCAGUGGUUCUGGAAGUGCGUCAAGGCGUGGCCGACGGAGCGCAAGUCGCGCCUGCUGCAGUUUGCCACGGGCACGUCGCGCAUUCCCGUCAACGGCUUCAAGGACCUGCAGGGCAGCGACGGCCCGCGGCGCUUUACGAUUGAAAAGUCGGGCGAGAUUACGCAGCUGCCAAAGAGCCACACGUGCUUCAACCGCAUCGACCUGCCGCCCUACACGAGCGAGCAGCAGCUCGAGCAGAAGCUCAUCCUCGCCGUCGAGGAGGGCAUGUCCUUCCAGAACGAGUAAGGCGCGCUAGCUCGCCGUGCCAUCGCUUCUGUCUACGUCACCGUCCCCCCCUAGCCACCCCCUCCCUACUUGUCCAUCUCUCUGCCGCCGUCUGCUUCCCCCGUGUCUGAUGUCCUCGCUUCACCCUUUCGUCUACGUGUACACGGCGUGCCUUAGCUGCUCCUCGCAGCUCCCCUCGCCAAUGAAAGAAAUGCUUCCCUCGCGCCUUG